CGAUCCCGAUCGACCAGUUUUACACCAUGUGCAAGAACGUCGGCGCCGACGACUCGACGUCCAAGAAAUGGCUCGCCGAGUUCCAGCGCCGCAACCUCGUGCUGCACUACGACCAGAGCAAGGACGACGCGCUGCGGUCGACUGUGAUUCUGCGCCCCAACAAGGGCGAGAGCUUUGCUGCGUUCCAAGCCGCGCUCGACCCGGUCUUGUACAACCUCAAGCACGAGCGCAUGGCCACCGAGAGUCAAAUCCUCGAUGCCCAAGAAGAGUGGCGCAAGGUGGCGACCAUUGAGACGGAGCUCCGCAACGCCGCGAUGACUGCGCCCAACGUACAAAAGUUCCUCGGCCUCGGUUUCAUCACGACCUUUUACGGCGGCCUGGCGUACACGGUCUGGGACGUCUACUCGUGGGACGUCAUGGAGCCCAUCACGUACUUCAUCGGCUUCUCGGCGGUCCUUGCGUCGUCGUUUUACCACACGAUGACGAGCCGCGAGUCGACGUACCCCAACAUGUGGAACCGCGCGUACGAGAAGAAGCUUUCGGCGCUGGCCAAGGACAAGAAGUUUGAUUUGCACAAGUCCCAUGCGCUCCUCGCGCAAAUCAACGGUCUCAAGAAGGACGUGCAAGUUCUGCGACUCCUCGAAGGCAAGACGGCGACGCCCGCCAAGGCGGCCAAGCCCGCGACGACGGCCGCGGCGUAGACGCAUCGCGCUGCUUGUACGUCGUGCGCAUACAACGAGUGUGUUUUUGCACGGACCCUUCCCCUUGUUGCCCCA